AUGAGGAACGGCUCUUGCCUCAGAAGUGGUCACAAGCCCCGGGGGAGCCUGGGGAGGAGCGGAGUUGCCGGCACAAGGGGAGCAGAGCGUGGUGGGAUGGCCAGGGCCAGCCAGGGGAUCCCACAAAGUGGCAUGAACUUGUUCCUGGGCACUGUCCUGCUGCUCCUGCUGCUGCCAGAUGUUGCGGAAGGACAGGACAGCUGUUCCGGCCUGGACCGGGGUGAUGAGCACCAUGAGUGCUGCAAUGUGACGGUGGAGCAGCAGAACACAGGCAACAGCACCCUCAUCCUCCACUGGUCCCAGCACUGCCUGGAGCUGUGGCGCUCUGAGAGCCGUGCUUGUGCCUGCCUGAGGAAGCGCUGGCUCAGGAUGUUGCAGCUGGGGCAGCACCGAUGGCUGGCUGGGCUCAAGACGUUGCUCCUGAAUGUCAGCAGGGCUGUCACCCAUGACGUCCUCAUCACCUUCUCCCCCACAGCGGGCCCCAGCAGGCUGAACACCACAGAGGAAGGGAAGGCAGGUAAAAUCCACCUCCCCAGGGAGAUAUUCCGGUCCCUGAGCAGCCAGACAGUGCCUGUGGUGGUGACAGUCCUCAACAUCCAGCAGUUUGUCGUGUUCAAGGAAGCCAACCAGACAGGGAAGGUCUUGGACAACACCGUGGUGGGCAUCACAGUGGGAGAGAGCAGCAUCUCGGGGCUGCGGGACCCCGUGCAGCUCACGUUCGCCCACGGGGAGCUGCCCACAAGUGUCACCCCGCAGUGCGUCUUCUGGGAUCCCAGCAAAGGGCAGGCAGGAGGCUGGCGCAGCAGUGGAUGUGGCACGCAGCCCGGGGACAAGGGGACAGUCUGCUCCUGUGACCAUCUCACCUUCUUCACCCUCCUCCUGAACCGAGCUCUGGAUGGCUCCACAGCAAAAGCUUUGAUGGUUGUUGCCACCGCUGGCUGUGGGGUAGCCAUGGCUUUCUCCAUCUUCACCAUGGCCUUCUGCAUCUUCAUCAGGUGUAGGUUCAGGUUUGAGGAGACCGUCCGCAUCAACCUGGGGCUGCACAUGAACCUCGUGGGCAGCCUGCUCCUCCUCAACCUGGCCUUCCUGCUCAACAGUGGGCUCUCUGGCAGGACCCACCCAAGGACCUGUAGGGUCCUGGGGGGGCUCACCCACUACUGCCUGCUCUGCUGCUUCACCUGGACGGCGCUGGAGGGCUGUCAGCUCUACCUGCUCUUCGUCAAGGUCCUCGGCACCUACAUCCCCCACUACCUGGGAAAGCUGUGCCUGCUCGGCUGGGGACUCCCUGUUCUCGUGGUGGGAGUGGCAGGAGGUAUUGGCAGCUAUGGAGAAUACAGCAUCCAGACCACGGACCACCGGGUGAUAGCCCAGCUGUGCUGGAUCACUUCCAAACAUCUUCUGGUCCACUACAUCACCAACUGUGGCUACUUUGGCCUCAUCUUCCUCUUCAACAUGGCUGUCUUCGGGGUGGUGACCCACAAGAGCUGCAGCUUGCAGGGCACUGGGGCAGUGCAGGGAUACCGUAAGCCCUGGAAGGUGGCUCUGGUGGCUGCAGGGCUCUUCUGCCUGCUGGGAGCCACUUGGGCUCUGGCAUUCCUCACCUAUGGCAUCUCCUCCACACCCGUGCUCUACCUCUUCACCCUCCUCAACUCUCUCCAAGGAAUCUUCAUAUUCAUCUGGUUGGUCAUCCUUUACUACCCAAAGACAAAGGAGACCACUGGUUCCCUCUCCUACAUCGUCAGACAUGACAAAACCACCACAGCCUCCCAGGACUAGCUCCUGGCUGGACCAGCUCCUGGCUGGACCAGCUCCUGGCUGGACCAGCUCCUGGCUGGACCUCUUUUCCUGCCUGCACCUGAACCACUGAGAGCAACCUUCGAUCUUGGCAGAUGCAGCCUCCUCACGCAGGGAGAGAUCAGUUAACCACGCCUCAGUUUACCCUUCAGUGGGCAUGAUCCACCUCAGCAGGGCUCUUUGCUUUGUCCCUUUCAUUCCUGGUGGGCUGCCCCGGGCAAGGAGCUCCAGAGAAGAUGCUUCUGCAAAGUCUCUCCAGGCUGCAGUUCCAUGGUCUUGAGGUGCCCCGAUCUCAUUCCCUGGGGGACAAGGAGGAAGCCCACGAAGCACCUGCCUUCAGGCAUGAUGCAGCCAUCACCCUCUUUGCUAGAGGUGGCCUUUGGUGCUGAACCAGCCCGGCAGAGAGUUUCCAGCCACUGGAAGGAGAGGACUGACUUGCUCCAGCCCAGAUGUGUGAGGUUUGCAUCUGGGAAUCAGCAAAAAGAAGAGGAAACCCAUGAGCUUCUUUGCAGAACACCUCCUUGCUCUCUGGCAGAGAUAUGCUGAUUGUCCUUCCUGCAAAACAUCUUCUGGGGCCAGCAGCAAUUCCCUCAUGGAUAUUGUGCUCUAACCAAAAUGCACAUACAGCUCCCUUGCAGGACAACUGCCG